GGGGUUCGAUUUUGGGAAGGGAAGGGAACGGGGCGCGCGCGCGCGAGGCAGUUUUCGUCCAGCGACUUUUUCGUCGCGGUUAAUUAAGGCUAGAUUUCCCGGGCGGUUUGAUGCUAAUGAAUGGAAUUAGUCUUGAAGGGAGAGGCCUAUGAAUUGUUUUUUUUUUGGGGGGCGAGGGUCGUGUGCUCGUUGUUUUUGCUUCCCGAGGAAUGUUUGUUUCUUCCAGGCCGCGUGGCGGAUCAUGGGAUUCCUCCCCAGUCCCACCACGUACGGGAAUUGUUGAGGAGGCUCUUUUCGCUGCUGGAUGCUGAAGCAUUUUAUUAAGGCCUCUACUGUGCUUCCGUGGCACACAUGAGCGCGUGCAUCCAUGAAUUUUUUUGCGUCAGUCGGUUGGGCUGGGUGUUCUGGUGUAUAUGUAUUGCGUUUCAUGCUCUAUCCAAGAAACAUGCUGCCUAGUUGACACAGUUGGUACUUAGGCGUCCGUUUUGUGUCAUGUUCUGGAAUUUCAGCUGCACAUAUGCAUCCAUGUAGGCACCUGGUGGAAUUUGGAGCAUUAUGACAAUCUAUUUCUGCAGCUGCAGUUUCUGUGGAUUUGUAGUUGAUUCCGAAUUAUCCAUGCUGGUUGUUGUUGUCGUCUCAUCUCCUUUUAAUGCUGUUGCGUCACUUGGAGUUGGACAGCUCUUGUUCGCUAAAAAUUGAAAAUAUGUGCUUUUGAGGACGAUUGUUGACCAUUGAGCUGCCUGUCGUGGCUGGUUUUGUUGAGUCAGCAAAGUUUUGGGGACGUUUCGGAGGCAUGGGCAGGGGAUGACUGGCAGUAGAAGGGUCCAAGCCUCAGGCUAUCAAUUGUACUGUCCUGGUUGGAAUUGCCUGGACAGCUGGAUUGCAAGUCUGUGUCCACGUUAAAGUCUUCUAGUGGAGGAUACCAUACUGCUAUAUCGACUGAAUUGUUCUUUGAAGCUUAGGUAGUGGGAUGUUCAAUGGUUAUUCUGAGAAAUGACCAAUGGUUUACUAACUAGUGUUCAUUAAUUGAGUGGUGAAACAUGCGGUGGAAACGAAAGAUACAUCAUGGAGGACCAUCUAAACAACAACAGGUCAGUCCACUUGCGGAUGAAGUAUGUGCCAUUGACAAGGAGGUUUCCCAUCUGUGUAGAAUUAAAUCUGAACCAAGUCAGAGGACUCGUGCAUCCAUUUAUGCUGGCCAGAAGAGACCUGUCUCUACAUUCAAGCUAUUAUCUGGGAGAGAAUCCAAUUGCUCGGGGAUGGGCAGGUUCUCUUCAGCUGAUUGCUCUUAUGCUCUUCGGAAACACCUACCAGUGAAAGGCCCAUGGUGUGUGGAUGACAUGGAUAGUGAAGCUUACAUCUCACAGUUCUCUGCAGAUGGUUCACUUUUAAUUGGUGGGUUCCGGGUAUGUGAUUCUGCUAUUAUGGGGAACAAUCUAACCAUAAAUUGUAUUGUUUUUUUCACAUAACUUGGAUUGGCAGCUUGUUAUCAUGUUGGUGGCUAAACAGUACCUGCCUAAAUAUAUUCAGGGAAGCCACAUCAGAGUCUAUAACUCCGAAAAAAAUUGGAAGGUUCAUAAAGAUAUAACCUGCAAACGUCUGCGCUGGACAAUUUCAGAUAUUGCUCUCUCACCUGAUCAACAGUUCCUGGCUUAUUCUAGUUUGUCGCCUACUGUUCACAUUGUAAAUGUCCAGAAUGCUGUAAGGGAAUCACAUGCUAACAUUACAGAAAUUCAUGAGGGUCUGGAGUUUUCUGACGAUGAUGACGAAUUCUCCUUUGGGAUAUUCUCUGUAAAAUUCUCAAAAGAUGGGCGAGAACUUGUUGUGGGAAACAACAAUGAAUCAAUAUGUAUUUAUGAUCUUGGAGCAAACAAAGUAACAGAACGCAUUAAUGCACAUGUGGCUGAUGUCAAUGUGGUCACCUUCGCUGAUGAAACAAAUGAUAUCUUGUACUCUGGAAGUGAUGAUAGCCUUUGUAAGGUUUGGGAUAGGCGCUGCCACAAGAAACAAAAACCAGUAGGUGUUUUGACCGGUCAUUUAGAUGGGAUUACAUUUAUUGAUAGCCGUGGAGAUGGGCACUAUUUUAUCUCAAACUGCAAGGAUCAGACUAUUAAAUUAUGGGAUCUCAGGAAAAUGUCCUCCACUACAAAAGAGAGAACUAUGUUGCAUUGUAUUGUGAGGAGGAUAAAAACAGUACUACAGCACGCCUGCCCAAUGGGGAAAGGAAAUAUUUUCAGAUUAACCUCUAAUGCUUACAAGAGCUGCACACCUAAAGCGUAUGAAUGGGAUUACAGAUGGAUGACAUACCCGUCAGAAGCCCGAUAUUUGAAGCAUCCAUAUGAUCAGUCACUAGCCACAUUCAGAGGCCAUUCUGUAUUGCGCACACUUAUCCGUUGUUAUUUUUCACCAAUGCACAGCACGGGGCAGAGGUACAUAUACACAGGAUCCAGUGACCAAUGUGUCUAUAUUUAUGAUGUGGCGACAGGUAAGGUUGUUGAAAAACUGAGAUGGCACGGGUCCAUCAUUAGAGACUGCUCAUGGCACCCGUACCUCCCCACACUUGUCAGCUCUUCUUGGGACGGCUAUUUGGUCCGGUGGGAGGCAACAGAGGAUGACAGAGACCCCUCCAUGCUCAGGACAGGGAAGCAGAGGAUGCAUCCAGAGGGAUACACAAUGUCGUUUGUCCUUUAGAAGUGAAGCUUCGUUUGUCCUUCAGAAGUGAAGCUCUCUAGGGUCUCUUGUGGCUCCACUUGUUCACCUUGCAGGCUCCACAAGCCUCUGGCUCGAAAAAGUCCUUUUUCUUUUCAAAAUUUCGUGCUGUAUAAAAGUGAUCAAGAUUGAAUUGUUGAGGCGGUACUUAGACUCGCAAAAUUGUACUCCCUCCGUCCUAAAAAAAUAAGUCAUUCUAGGAUUCAAAUUUUGCCCUAAAAAA